GAGUUUCUUUCUCUUUGUCCUAUCAGCCACCACUUGUAUGCAGAAAAAUCUAUCAGCCUAAUCUCUUCCGCUUUGUCUUUCUGCCUCGCCGGAAGAAGCCAUUGUCUCUCUUUUUCUCUUUAACUCUUUCUUCCUCGCCAGUCGCCGGAAGUUGCAGAACGUCUCUGCCUCGCCGGAAAAGUAAAAAAAAAGUUGGACGCCUCCUUGGAAUCGCGGCCACCGCGAUGUGCAAUUGAAACAAAGUUCAUUUUGUAUUUUUUUUUGUUUUCAGGUUUGGUACGUCAGUCGUUGAAGCGUUAAAAAUGACAUUUUGUGUUCUCCUCUCAUUCAACAAUCCCAAACCAAGUUCUUUCCUAAGUUCCACCUUUGUUCUUGGCCAAACAACACCUUUAUCCUUCUCUAUCAAUGAAAAACUAAAACCCCGCAACGAUCUCAACAGUGUCUUAGUUUCAAUUUCUUGUUCAUCUAUCAAACUCGUACGUGACCGUUCACUCGACAGACAUGUUGUCACGAAGAACAAAACUAGGUUUGUUCAAAAGUUAAAAACUUUACUUCUCUCCAAACCGAAACACUAUAUCCCACUUCACAUUCUGUCAAAAUGCCGCACUUAUCUUUGUCUUUCUAAGCCUCGUUCCAUACUUUCCAUGAUUCAUCGUUAUCCAUCCAUUUUUGAACUUUUCAAUGUGCCAUGGCCACCCACACCACUCAACGCAACCAAGUUGCAUCCCCAACUCUGUGUUCGAUUAACUCCAGCUGCAGCUGCCCUUGCUGCUGAGGAAUUGAGUCUUCAAUCUUCCAUUUCCAACAUGUUGGCAACCAAACUCCAAAAGCUUCUUUUGUUGUCUUCGCACCGCCGGUUGCUUCUGUCGAAAUUGGUUCACUUUGCUCCUGAUCUUGGUCUCCCUCCGAAUUUUCGAUCCCGGUUGUGCAACGACCAUCCGGACAAAUUCAAGAUUGUUGACACGCCCUAUGGCCGUGCACUUGAGCUAGUAUCUUGGGAUGUCAACCUGGCAAUGCCUUUGGUGCCUCCUGCAUCAUCAUCCCAUUCUCUUGGUUUCAUAGUUGACCGUCCUUUGAAGUUCAAGCAAUUGAGCCUUCGAAAGGGGCUUAAUUUGAAGAGACGUCAUCGGGAUUUCUUGCUGAAAUUUGAAGAAAUGCCAUUGGUGUGCCCCUAUAGGAAUCCUGCUGAGGCUUUGGCCAAGGAGUCAUUGGAGGCAGAGAAGAGAUCUUGUGCACUGGUGAGGGAGGUUCUUGCAAUGACGGUUGAGAAGCGGACUUUAAUUGACCACUUGACCCAUUUCAGAAAGGAGUUUGGCCUCCCAAACAAGUUGAGAGGGAUGAUAAUAAGGCACCCAGAAUUAUUUUAUGUGAGUUUGAAAGGGGAACGAGACUCAGUGUUCUUGGUGGAGGGGUUUGGUGAGAAGGGUGACUUGUUGGAGAAGGAUGAGGAUGGGGUUUUAUUCAUACAAGAUAAAUGGAUGGAUUUGGCUCGGGAAUCCAAGAGAAUGAGACGAGAGAGAAGGAAGGGUAGGAUUAGCCAAGAUGUUGGCAGCUUGAAUGAUGCUGAUCAAAAUAAUUAUGACAGUGAUGAUGAUUACGAUGAUAAUAUUGAGAUUGAUAACUUUAAAGAAGGUUAUGAUGAUGGUUUUGAGGAUAUAUUUGAAGAGUUGGAUUUUGAGGAUGAGGAUGAUGAUCAUACAAACAGGUUUUUUGCCCAAAACAACAGUGGAGAAUUUUGGAUUGCAGGACCUUUUCCUAUUCAACAUGGUUUGGAUGAAGUGCAGACGCAACCUUGGUAGUUUUCAAUUUGAAGAGCAGAGUUUUCCUCUGCACAAGUAAAGCAAUGCAAUUUUCAAGUGGUAAAUGAUGCUUCCACACUACAUGUACCAUACCAUGAAUCCAUGAUGGAGAUAUUGUUCUAUGCUUGACUAUUAUCAAUAGACUAUAGUAGUUGAAAGAUCAUCCAAUGUAAGAUUGGGUACAUAAGAUUUCAGCACCAAUUGUUACAUAUUACGACACAAAGUACCAAAGUAGAUGUUUCAAGGGCUACAACCUCCUUAGUAGAAUAGAGAAAAAGGAAUUCAGAGACUGAAUUUUUCAUUCCUUGUACAAAAUGCAUACUUACAUCGACUUAACCAUUGCGUAAGCUCUAACUCUAACGGUUCCCUAUAAUUGCAGGCAUUCCAUCACUACCUCAUACAAAUCUAACAAUAUUCUUAGCCUAUGACACAUGUCCCUUUGAUACAACUUUAUUGAGAAGACCUUCUACCCGUGAGCACACAAGUCCUAGUCCUUGGGUCUGCGUUUCUCUUGUUUGGGACCUCAUGCUUUGUUUCUCUUCCUUAGGCAUGGCCUUCUUUGUUGGCCCCUUCUUCGAAGCAAAAGUUUCUAACAUCGUCCAACUGUUUCAAAAUUCAAACAUUUAUGCAGAGAAACAUAAACAACAUAAGAAUCGGCGGAUCCCAAUGUCUGAUGUAAGUUUAUAUCAUACAUGAACAUGUAGAAAGUAAUGUUAUAUGUGACAUUCAAUGCCAACUCCACUUUUUUUGUUUUCUCA